ACACCGCCUGUCGAUUUGAUUACGAGGAGCGGCGUCGCCUCGUCGUUAUAGCGGCUGCGUAAAAAUAUGAUUAAUCCUUUAUAGAGAAGAAUUUGGGUUCGUCGGAAUGAGGCUUUGAAGUCCAUCCGAGCAUAACAACCCUAGCAAAACACCAUUAUAGCACAGGACAUUCACUUAAACCUAUGCUCAGUUACGGCAGGUGGCGUUGCUUGUAUAAUCUGUAAUCGCGUUUGGAUCCGGACCUGGAUUGGAUCUGUUGUUCAGUUUCAGCACUGGACAGCGACUGAUCGGGUCGCCAGGACAUCGAAAACGUCAUAUCAUUGAGAAAGGUCGAAUCGACCCUUGCUUGGCUCGGGGCAAUGUGCGCCUAGAUGACUUCACUACAUCAACAAGCCCCGUAGCCCUGGACUAAAGAUAUCACCAAAUCUCCUUUCUUUCUCUCUUCCUUCUCUGUCAUCUUGAGCACCUCCUUCCCGCUAGCACCAUGGGUAACCGGGGAAUGGAGGAUUUGAUCCCGCUGGUCAAUAAGCUACAGGACGCUUUCAGCACCAUCGGUCAGAGCUGCAAUCUUGACCUUCCACAGAUCGCGGUAGUCGGUGGGCAAAGUGCUGGUAAAAGCUCCGUGUUGGAGAACUUCGUUGGCAGGGACUUCCUGCCCCGAGGCUCUGGGAUUGUCACCCGCAGGCCCCUUGUGCUGCAGCUCAUCAGUGCCAAUGCAGAAUGGGCUGAGUUCUUACACUGCAAAGGGAAGAAGUUCACAGAUUUCGACGAGGUUCGCCAGGAGAUUGAGGCGGAGACAGACCGCAUUACUGGUGCCAAUAAGGGCAUCUCUCCAGUUCCCAUUAACCUGCGCGUCUACUCCCCACAUGUACUCAACUUGACACUCAUCGACCUGCCAGGCAUCACCAAGGUGCCAGUGGGCGAUCAGCCGGCAGACAUUGAGCAGCAGAUCAGAGACAUGAUCAUGCAGUUCAUCUGCAGGGAGAGCUGUCUCAUCCUAGCCGUCACCCCAGCCAACUCAGACCUGGCAAACUCAGACGCCCUCAAACUGGCCAAAGACGUGGACCCCCAGGGCCAACGGACCAUAGGGGUGAUUACCAAACUGGACCUGAUGGACGAGGGAACAGAUGCCAGGGAGGUGCUGGAGAACAAGCUGCUUCCCCUGAGGAGAGGUUAUAUUGGAGUGGUGAACCGCAGUCAGAAGGACAUUGAUGGGAAGAAGGACAUCAAGAUGGCGAUGGCUGCGGAGAGGAAGUUCUUUCUUACUCACCCUGCCUACAGACACAUGGCCGAUAAGAUGGGCACCCCAUGCCUGCAGAAAGUCCUCAACCAGCAACUGACCAACCACAUCCGUGACACGCUGCCGGCGUUCCGAAGCAAGCUGCAGACCCAACUCCUGGCUCUGGACAAGGAGGCCGAGGAGUACCGCGGAUACCGCCCUGAUGACCCGGGACGGAAGACGAAGCAACUGCUGCAGAUGGUUCAGCAGUUCUCAGUGGAUUUUGAGAAGCGUAUAGAGGGCUCAGGAGAUCAGGUGGACACUGUGGAGCUGUCUGGUGGAGCAAAAAUCAACCGCAUCUUCCACGAGAGAUUCCCCUUCGAACUGGUCAAGAUGGAAUGUGAUGACAAGGAGAUGCGGAGGGAGAUCAGCUACGCCAUCAAGAACAUCCACGGUAUCAGGACUGGCCUGUUUACUCCAGACAUGGCAUUUGAGGCCAUUGUUAAGAAGCAGAUAGUGAAGAUCAAGGAACCGUGCAUUAAAUGUGUAGACAUGGUCAUUCAGGAGCUGAUCAAUACUGUGCGCCAAUGUACCAACAAGCUGGAUUGUUUUCCUAGACUGCGUGAGGAAACCGAGAGAAUUGUGACCUCACACAUCAGAGACAGAGAGAGCAAAGCAAAAGACCAGGUGUUGCUGCUUAUCGAUGUCCAGCUCUCAUACAUCAACACUAACCAUGAGGACUUCAUCGGCUUCGCUAAUGCACAGCAGAGCAGCAAGCAGAGUAAUAAGCAGAGUAGUGCUGUCAACCAGGUGAGCCAGGUCAUCCGUAAGGGCUGGCUGACCAUCAACAAUAUCAGCAUCAUCAAAGGGGGCGCUAAAGAGUACUGGUUCGUGCUGACCGCUGAGAGUCUGUCUUGGUUCAAGGACGAUGAGGAGAAGGAGAAGAAAUACAUGCUCCCUCUGGACAACCUGAAGGUGCGCGAUGUGGAGAAAGGCUUUAUGUCCAGCAAGCAUGCCUUUGCCAUCUUCAAUACAGAGCAAAGGAAUGUAUACAAGGACAACCGUUUCCUUGAGCUAGCCUGUGACACCCAGGAUGAGGUGGACAGUUGGAGGGCUUCUCUUCUGCGUGCUGGAGUCUACCCUGAAAGAUCUUCUAAUAUUGAUGUGGAGAGUGAGGGGGGCAGCUCUUCGUCCACAUCCCAGGACAACUUCUCCAUGGACCCUCAGCUGGAGCGCAAGGUGGAGACCAUCCGCAACCUGGUGGAGUCCUACAUGGCCAUCGUCAACAAGUGCAUCCGUGACCUCAUGCCAAAGACCAUCAUGCAUCUUAUGAUCACUAAUGUUAAGGACUUCAUCAAUGCAGAGUUGCUUGCGCAGCUGUACUCUGCCGGGGACCAGGGGGCACUGAUGGAUGAGUCUCAGGAGCAGGUCCAGAGGAGGGACGAGGUCCUCAGGACCCACCAGUCCCUGAAGGAGGCCCUAGCCAUCAUAGGAGACAUCUCCACCUCCACCAUCUCCACCCCUAUGCCUCCGCCUGUGAACGACUGGCGCAGUGGAAGCAACAGGUCACCUCCAACCAGCCCCACUGGUUCCAGGAGGAUGUCAUCAGGCCAGCGCCCCAGUCCUGGAGGAGGGCGAGGGGCUCCACCUCCUCCCAACCGCCCAGGACCACUGGGGCCAUUCAACAACAGUGCUGACAGUCCCCAGGUUCCCAGCCGCCCCAACAGGGCUCCUCCCAGCAUCCCCAGUCGACGACCUCCUCCUUCUCCAACAAGAAAUAUUCCUCCAUCAUAAGCAUCCAGAAGGGCUUGUGAUCUCAUCUGGGCCUAGUGCUCAUUCAACUAAUCUUCUAGCGCUCGCCCUUCCCUUUGCCAUCCUCUCACCCUCCUCAUCCUUUCCUGUAACAUCCUCUAUCAUCCCCAAGCCCCUCUGCUGUUUAUCCUUGGUCUCUCACUAGUGCAGACACAGAAAUAUGUGCCGUCUGACCUCACGCCAGGUGACCAUCGAUGUCCAUGUAUCUGUGUACAGUAUGGUGCUUGUCUUGUGGUGUAUCUAUCUGUAUGUGCGCUUGUUCUCACUUCCGGUGCAGAUUUGCAUAGCAGAUCCGGUUCCGACUGAGUUCCAGCCCCUAGAACCUACGUCACCCUUAACUAGAACCAGGGGUGAAAGUAGAUCAAAUUUCUUACGGGUACAAAAUAAUUUAUUGGUAUAAUAGUAUUACAUAGACCAUUACAUAAAUCUAAUACAUAUUCUUCUAGUAGCCUCUGAUCUCUGGCCGAUUUGUCACAUAUCCUUGAUCGUGUAUUACCUUGUAUUACCUAUAAACACGACCUGCCAUGAUUUGUUUUUAUCCAGUUGUCAAACCUGUGCAUGUUUUUAUACUCUCCAGAUAAUUCCAGCAUCCAAACAGUGCACUGCGCACCUGUAAUUUAAAGGAUGGAGUGUUACAAAACAUUUCUGAAACUGUAAUAACAUGAAUGACAUUACAUUUCGGUGACUGUCAACAGGACCACAACACCUGUAGUCUGAAAUUGAUGCGUCCACUGUAUGCUGUAUACGCUCAUCUCCGUCUUGGCCACUAGAACACAUUUGUGGGCAUACCCUUCUGCCCUUUCAAGUCAAUUUGCUCAUGUUCAUGCAUCUGACAUGGGCUAAUGUUAAAUAGCGGUGUAGUAUUUCCUUAUAGCAUUUUGGGGGCAUUUCCUGGUAGUUAUUGUGAUGACUUGUUACCAGUAUGGCCAACCCCCGCUAUUUUAUUUGCCGGGACUCCGUACCUGACCGUACCGGCGUACUUUCACCCCUGCCUAGAUCCCGUAGAAGCCCACGUUGCCCUUCGCCCACCUCCACCCACCUCCACCUGCUGCUUCUGUUACUAUCUAUGCUCAGCAGUGGCACGGCCCCACCCAUGACAAAAUGCAGCAUGGCACAUAGGCUACUUUUAUUGCAUGUUUGUGUGUGUUUCUGUUUGUGUGCGUGUGGGAAGGGGAAUAAUCUGCCUAUAUAUAGGCCCAGUUGGUUUUUAGUAUUAUAUAAUAUAUAUUGUACAACAGCCCCUUCCUAUGUGUUAUUGGCUAGGUGUUCUCUUAGAGAUGAAAGGACGUUUUAGUGUAGUGACUGUGUGCGUGGGUGUGUGCAUGUUUGUGUGUGUGUGUGUGCGUGUGUGGGUUUGCUGAUGUGUGUGUGCGUGUGUGUGAGUGUGUGCCAACGUGUGUGCAUGGAUUAUCCGUCUGCAUGUUUGUUGAUGUUUGAGUUGUAUUUGUUUUCAUGGUCCAAGCUGUUAAUAAAUCAAGACCCUUGAGAGUCAUUUGAUGUUGGAUUAUGGUGUGAUUUGUUCCUGUGUUGUGGUAGCAGCAGCCAAGACACAUACCGCCAAGGCUGAGGAUAGACACCAACAGUGUAUUAUUCAGAAUACAUAAACCAGCCUCAACACAUGCACUUAACCCUGUCAACGGCGUCUGGUAUGCCUGUAUUGCUGUUUUACUGUUCAAGUGGCGAUCCUCCUCACACCUUUAGGCUCAAACUCACAGAGGCUGGCUGGAGAGAUGGAGGGAAGGGAAGUAUUCCUGAAACAAAGAGACAAUGAGAAGUAUACAGAUAUGACUUCCUACAGUUUCGGACAGAUGGACAUAUCCCUGUGUGAGAACAUGAUAACAUUUUGAAUUUAGCUUUUAUCUUCAGGAUUCAGCCCCCCCCCCCCCCCCCCCGUGUUCAUGACAGAUCACAGGCUGCUUUAGAAAUGUCUCCAUGUGUAACACAUAUCUUCUUACUCACCUCCUCUCCCCCUCAUCUCCCUCCACCUCUCCAGUCCUGAGUCCAGUCAGCUAGUGUGCCAGUUUAAGGUGGAUUUGUCUAACAUGCUCUCUGUCAGUUAUUAAGUGUGUAUAUGUGUGGGCCAGUCCUACUUUGAAACUGUGUUCUCUUGUAUAUACAUACGUACAUAGGUAUUAAUAAUGAAUAGGGAAAUGUUGACUAUAAUGAACCUGUUACAAUCUAGCGCUUGUUCUCUCAAUGUCCCUAGUAUUACCAUGCUCUACUUCUCUAUCUGGAAAUUAGACUGCCUCAGUGGCACGAGUUACAAGUCUGUAUUGCCAAAGCUAAUUGUAGAAAGGAGAUCAUAUAAUAUAAAGCAGAACAUCAACAAAUGUGGUUCCCAUUUAUGAAAGUAUAUUGUCUGUGCAAGGAUAUAGAUAGAUAUAACAAUUUGGGAAUUGAAUUGCCACAUCAGUGGUUCUUUUCUUUCUGUGUCUGUAUCUCUCUUCAAUAAACAAUUUCCCUCUCA